GUUCUGAGUUUGGGACUGUGGAGAACUCUUCUCUACUCAGGCACAGAGAAUCCUGCUUCUGAACAACUGUCAGAUAAAAAUCCAUUCCAGCGGAUAAUGGCUACCUACAUCCUGCAAAUCGCUGGCCUGGUGCUUGGUGGUGUUGGCAUGGUGGGCACACUGGCUGUCACCAUCAUGCCUCAGUGGAGAGUGUCUGCCUUCAUUGAGAGCAACAUUGUGGUUUUUGAAAACCGCUGGGAAGGCCUGUGGAUGAGCUGCAUGAGGCAUGCUAACAUCAGGAUGCAGUGCAAAAUCUACGAUUCCCUGCUGGCUCUUUCUCCGGAUCUGCAGGCAUCUAGAGGACUGAUGUGUGCUGCCUCCGUGUUGUGCUUCCUGGCUUUCAUGACAGCCAUCAUUGGGAUGAAGUGCACCAGGUGCAUUGGGGACGACGAGAAGGUGAAAGGUCACAUCCUGCUAACGACCGGGAUCAUCUUCAUUGUCACAGGUAUCUUGGUACUCAUCCCCGUGAGCUGGGUUGCCCAUGCCAUCAUCCGAGAUUUCUACAAUCCCAUAGUGAAUGUGGCCCAGAAACGUGAGCUUGGAGAUGCCCUCUACGUAGGCUGGGCCACCUCCCUGCUGCUGAUUGCUGGAGGGACAUUGUUCUGCUGUGGAUUUUGCUGUGCUGAGAAGAGCAGUAGCUACAGAUACUCAAUACCUUCCCAUCGCACAACCCAAAAGAGUUAUCACACGGAAAAGAAGUCACCGAGUGUCUACUCCAAAAGUCAGUACGUGUAG